CCGAAGACUCUUCGCGCGAGUCCAUUCUCUGCAAAAGUAAUAAAAGUAAACAGAUUUUGAAACUGGUUUGUCCGCUUGCUGGUUUGAAAGAUCUCAAGUACGACUUUAUUAUUUUUCUAAAUAUCGUUGUUUCUUGCUUUCAAUCGGAAGGAGCGGAACAAGUAAAGGAAUCGAGAAAGAAUUUGUAACCGAAUAUUAUCCGAGUUAAAAAAAUACAAAUCUUCAAACUUGUUUCAAGAAAAAGAAAAAGAUAGCUUUGACGAUAGUUUCGAAAUCGACAUGAUUAAUCAUUUACUUUUAGUCGGAAUUUUGGUUUUAUGCGGAGUCAGUGCGCAAGAUAUAUGUACCACGCCACAGAAUAAAAUUGGUGUUUGCAUCAAUAUACACAGUUGUCAACCAAUUAUACAGAUUCUUAAACAACAAAAACCAUUGACAAAGGAUACUCAUGAUUAUUUGAUCAGUUUACAAUGCGGAUUUGAGAAUAAAGAUCCCAAAGUGUGUUGCGAACAGCGUUCGUUAGUAACUGAAUCCACAACCACAACGACAACCACAACAGAAAAUCCGUUGUUUAUUCCCGAUCCCCCAGACGUCACGAAUCAUCCGAAUUUACCAUUACUGGAUCAUAAUUUGUGCGGCCCAGUAUCGCAAGAAAAGAUUUUUGGUGGCAAUAAAACACGCAUAUUUGAUUUUCCAUGGAUGGUAUUGCUCGCCUACAAUACUGGGAAACAAAUCCCAGAAUUCAAAUGCGGAGGAUCGUUAAUCAAUAAACGAUACGUACUCACCGCUGCUCAUUGUAUUACAACGCUACCGAAUGAUUUUACAUUAAUUGGAGUACGACUAGGAGAGCAUAAUUUAAAUACCGAGCGCGACUGUGACAAAGACGAAGACGGUAUCGAAAUCGUUUGCGCUGAAAGAUAUCAAGAUAUCGGUAUAGAAAGUACCCACUUUCACCCACGAUAUACAAGAGCGAGAUUACAAAAUGACAUUGGUUUGCUGCGACUGGAUCAGGACGCUGAUUUUAGACCACAAAAUGUGCGGCCUAUUUGUAUGCCAAUCGGAUCAGCUGCAACUUUGACCAGAAAAAAAGUAAUAGUAACGGGUUGGGGCGCAACUGAACGUGGACCACAGAGUCCGGACUUGCUGCAGGUUCAGUUACAACUAAUGUCCACAAAUAAAUGUGCAGAACUGUAUGAAAGACAGGCGCAAAUUUGGUACAAGCAAAUGUGCGCGGGCGGUAAAAGCGGUAUGGAUUCUUGUUCGGGAGAUAGCGGUGGGCCACUUCAGGCUCCAGGAAAUUAUAGCCAUAAUUUAAAAUUCAUUCAAUAUGGAGUUGUCAGUUUUGGACCUCGCAUGUGUGGUACGACAGGAAUACCUGGAGUUUAUACAAAGAUUGUGUAUUACCUAGAUUGGAUUUUAGAUACUAUCAGGGCAUAAAAUAUGCACACAUAAUAUUGAAACUGUUGUUAAUAUUUUUAAAAUUAAGAAUUUAUAGACUUUAAACAUCGAAUAAAAAUUAAUCUGGUAUUGUUAAU